CUUUUAUGAGUGAUAUGUUUUAAGAUUUCUUUUUUACCCUAUAUAUUAAAAAGCGCACGCACUCAGAAAAUACGUUGACAAUUAAUUCGAAAAUCAAAUGGAAUUUCAGAAACCAAUAGUUACGGCAUUUUUGUUAUUAAGCCUAGUCAUUAGAGUCUUUGCUGAUUGCAGUUGUGAAGACGAAGAAAUCCACGGCAACAAAAGCGAAACCCUUAAGUACAAAUUAAUCGCACUUGCUUCCAUAUUGAUUGCGGGCGGAAUCGGCGUAUCUCUACCUUUCGCUGGCAAAAUCUUUCCGGCCUUACGCCAAGAAAAAGAUGGUUUCUUCCUAAUAAAAUCAUUCGCUGCGGGCGUGAUGCUGGCUACAGGUUUUAUCCAUAUACUUCCAGACGCGUUCGAGAGCCUGAUGUCUCCAUGUUUGAAAGAACAGGUUUGGGGGGAUUUUCCUUUAUCUGGGUUUGUGGCUAUGAUUGCAACCAUUGUGACGUUGAUGUUUGAGAGCUGGUCAGUGGCAUGCCAUCCUAAGAAUCAGACGGUAGCAGUUGAAGGGGUUGACGAUGAAGAAAAUAACGUUGGGGUUGUGACUGUUCACAUGCAUACAACCCAUCACCAUUCUCACGCCAAUGAUAAUUCCCAAGUUUAUCGAUAUCGGAUUAUUUCCCAGGUGCUGGAAUUAGGAAUUGUCGCUCAUUCAAUAAUUAUAGGAUUAUCGUUAGGUGCUUCCAAAAGUCCGGAAACCAUAAAACCACUUAUUGUUGCUUUGUCCUUCCACCAAUUUUUCGAAGGAUUAGGCCUCGGUGGAUGCAUCUUUCAGGCAAAAAUCAAGUCACUGGCGAUUAUAUCAAUGGGAGCGUUUUUCACCCUUACGACUCCAGGCGUGCUAAAUGCUGCAUCUGCUGGAAUGUUAAUAUAUAUGGCUCUUGUCAACCUACUUUCUCCGGAUUUCAAUAAUCCCAGGAUGCAAAACAAGAAGAUGCUUCUACUUGGUUCAAAUGUUUUUCUUCUUCUUGGUGCCGGCUUGAUGUCUCUCCUAGCCAAAUGGGCUUGA